GAAUCUCGCACGGUCAAUCCCGUGCAGCUACAGCUGCUUGAACUUUCGCUCGCAUCCUUUGUGUCGCGUGGCAGCGAGCGCUCUUUGCUGGCUUACAAGCUCGCGGGGGUUUACGUGGGUAUAUUUACCAUUUUGCCGGGCGGUCCUUCUUCUGACCCCUCCAGUGUGAGGCUAGACUCAAACGUGAGCCUCUACGACGGGACGGCAAAUUCAGCGUCGAUAGCAUCGGGCCGCAUUUCUUACGUGCUCGGCCUCACCGGCCCUUGUUUCCCCGUCGAUUCCGCGUGUUCGGCCUCUCUCGUUGCCGCAUAUCUCGCAACGUGCGAACAAGCGUGCGUCGCCGCGGGAGGCGUCCUCGAACAAGACAUGUAUGCCGCAUUCAGUGUAGCUGGCAUGCUGUCGAAUCGCGGCCGAUGCCACUCCUUUGACAGCCGCGCUGAUGGAUACUGUCGUGGCGAAGGCUGCUGCGUCCCCCUUGAUAGAUGGGAUAUCGAUGCAGUAGAUGUGCGUGUAAAUGUUCGAGGCUCUUCCGCCCGACACAAUGGCCAGAGUGCAAGUUUCACGGCGUUGAACGGGAUGUCGCAACAGCUGCUUAUCCGAGCCUCUUUGAAUGAUGCUGGCGCUGGAACUGAACGUUUCCUCGAAGCUCAUGGCACAGGCACAGCCUUGGGUGAUCCA